UUUUUUCUCAAGUUGGUAUACGAGUGACGUCGUCUUACGUUCGCCAGGUGAUUCUGACACCGAAAAAUGGAGCCCUAUGAUGUGGUCAUAAAUCAGCCCGUUGUGAUUGAUAAUGGCUCGGGAGUGAUCAAAGCUGGGUUUGCCGGAGACCAAAAUCCAAAAUGCCGCUUUCCAAAUUAUAUCGGUCGGCCAAAGCAUGUGAGGGUUAUGGCUGGCGCCCUGGAGGGUGACAUAUUUGUGGGGCCUAAAGCCGAGGAACACAGAGGUCUCUUAAGCAUCCGCUACCCUAUGGAGCACGGCAUUGUCACCGACUGGAAUGACAUGGAGCGCAUUUGGCAAUAUAUCUACAGCAAAGAUCAGCUCGGCGCCUUUUCUGAAGAGCAUCCGGUACUCCUCACAGAAGCUCCCCUCAACCCUAGAAGAAACAGGGAAAAGGCAGCAGAACUCUUUUUCGAAACACUCAACGUCCCAGCACUCUAUGUCUCCAUGCAAGCAGUCCUUAGUCUGUAUGCUACUGGUCGUACAACAGGUGUGGUUCUCGACUCUGGAGAUGGAGUCACUCAUGCGGUGCCUAUUUACGAGGGAUUUGCCAUGCCUCACAGCAUCAUGAGGGUAGAUGUAGCUGGCCGUGAUGUCACAAGAUAUCUCAAAAUGCUGCUGAGGAAGGAGGGUGUCAAUUUCCGCACAACAGCCGAAUUUGAAAUAGUUCGUACCAUCAAAGAAAAGGCUUGUUAUUUGUCGAAGAACCCUCAAAAGGAGGAAAGUGUCGAAUCUGAAAGAGUGCAGUACCAGUUACCGGACGGGAGCAUGCUAGAGGUUGGGCCUGCCAGAUUCCGAGCUCCAGAAGUCCUAUUCAGACCAGACUUGAUUGGCGAGGAGUCUGAAGGCCUGCACGAAGUUCUUCUCUAUGCUAUUCAGAAGUCUGAUCUUGACCUUCGGCAAGUUCUCUAUCAGAACAUAGUGCUCUCAGGAGGAUCCACCCUCUUUAAAGGCUUUGGUGAUAGACUUCUAGCAGAACUCAGAAAACUGGCGCCAAAAGAUAUUAAAAUUAGGAUAUCUGCUCCACAAGAACGCUUAUAUUCAACAUGGAUUGGUGGCUCUAUCCUGGCCUCUCUUGACACAUUCAAGAAGAUGUGGGUUUCGAAGAGAGAGUUUGAGGAAGAAGGCCAAAGAGCAUUGCACCGCAAAACUUUCUAAUCUUCCUAAUUUGAAGCGUUCCAUGGGCAGCUCAAGGAAGUUUUUUCUCUGUGAACGGAGCAGCAAGAAAUUUUCAUUCGUGGUUGAAACAUCAAUUGAAAACUAAUCGUUUGCCACUGUGAUAAUUCCAAUGGAAUGCAGUCGGCAGACCAAACAAGCACAUGACCGAAGAAAGACUUCUAGCCCUCAUAAAUUCUUUAGCUGCAAUUUAAUUUAUUAUUAUUGUACUAGAUGCACACCAUUUUUACAAUUUUCUUAAUAAUCAAUUGAGGAAAGAGGUUAUUUAUGCGAUAACUGAUUUACAUGUUUUCAGUGCAACUUCCAUUGCGAUCUUCGAAUUGGCUCUUAAUUUGCAAUAAGUUAUAACAUAUGAAUUAAAAUAAUGCUUUAUAUAAUAAGACUAAAAA